UUCUUAAAGGCGAGAUAUAGCUUCAUCCAGCAAUCAGCAGCCAUGGAGGUCCGAGCUGCCCUGCUUCUGAUGACUGCUGCUUACGCCGUCACUGCCAACUCUAACGGCAGUGACCCUCGCAGUUUUGCAGUGUUCAGAAAGACACCAGAGACCAGCACUUAUGAACCAAUCGACUACCCACUUCCUGAGGAGAAACACCCAGAGAAAGGGAACAUCAGCACGCGUAGAUCUAAGCUGCGUUCUUUGUGCAACAGCGCCACUCAGAACUGCAGCAGAGGUGCAUCUGUAGAGACCCUACAUGUCUCAGAUUUGGCCCAAACUUUCCUCACUGGGCCGCUGGCCACAGGCUUCUUCCCCACCAUCUAUUCCCUCGUUUUCCUCGUCAGUGUGCCACUCAACACGGUGGCGUUUGUGGUGUUCACCUGUCGCAUCCGCCAGAAGAAGUCGGUGGUGGUGUACAUGUCUCAGCUGGCCCUGGCAGAUCUGCUGUUUGGCCUGCUUCUGCCGCUGAAGGUGCACUACUACGCCCGUGGUUCAGAUUGGGUGUUUGGAGAGGCGGCGUGCCGUGUGUUCACCACUGCCUUUUAUGGAUACAUGAACUUGUCCGUGCUGCUGGUCAUGUGCAUGAGCGUGGACCGCAUGCUGGCCGUGGCAUACCCUUUCGUGUCCUUGUUCUGGCGUAAGCCGUGGAUCGCAGCGCUGGUGUGUGCAGGGGCAUGGAUCCUGGCCGUGGUGGGUACGAUACCCUUGUUGACCAUGCAGCAGACUAUGAAGAUAAGUCAGGUAGGGACCACCUGUCAUGAUGCGCUGAACCCUGAGGACCCUCAAUACCUGAUACUCUUCUCAACUAUCAGCUGCCUCUUUUUCUUCCUGCCUCUCGUCAUCACAAUGGCCUGCUACGCCGUCAUCCUUCUCACACUCAGGCCCCAAAACUCCUUCCAAGGAGCGCUGGCAUCCUCAUCUUUAUCGAGGAAGAGAAGGAAGAGAGCCAUGGUCACGGUGUGUGCUGUGAUGGUGGAGUUUGUGGUGUGCUUUGCGCCGACCAAUGUCAUUCUCCUGGUGCACUGUCUGCUGCUCGGGAUGGAUGGGAAAACCGCGGGCGGGGACGGGAUGUACGCGGCCUACAUGGUGGCUCUGUGUCUGGGCAGUGUCAGUGCGUGCUUGGACCCACUGCUCUACUACUUCGGCUCUUCUCAGUGCAGACAGCAAGUCAGCAUCGCUCUGUGGUGGAGGAAAGGAAAGCAGGCGUCCAGGGCUUUUCAGUCCAGUUCAUCACAAGAGACCUGCCAGUACAGCUUGCCGUGUGGAUCUAUCACACAUUGAGAAACAACAGCUACUGGUGUGAAGUCCUGAGAAGGAGGCUUGAAGGGAAAUUCUACCUCUUUGUUAAAAAUGUUCUCAAAAUACAGGCUUUGAAAUGAACACACUCAGAGUGGAGUUUGGCUUAAAAUGAUGGUUUAUUGUUAAAAAACUUCAGACUGUUCAGACUACAUGAAUACAAAUAUACAAAUAUACCCACACUGUAAAAAUAAUGUUUGAGCAAUAACUCAUUUUUAUGAAUUAAUAAGUUAUCAGCCUUUCAACUUAAAUUCAUUCAUUAAUUUAAACUGUAAGUUAUAGCUCUGUCUGUGUGUAAUACACAGCAAAUUCUGGUUAUUGGAAUAAAGUCCCCAGUAGUUAAAAGAAACUCAUUUUAAGUGUAAAUGCGUGACUAUUAAAUACACUCUAUUACAGAGCUAAAGUGACUCUUUUCUGAGAGUGUCCAGGAGUUAAGUCCAGGAGUAAUCUGAACUCGUGUGGGAGUUAAAAUGCGUAGAUCUAGAGUAAAAUACAGCUCUCAACUGGAGUUAAUUUAACAUAAUUUUAACUCCUUCACAGUGUUAACAAUUAAUGCAAAAAAGUAUUUUUUUUUCAUUACUGAUUUGUAUUGUAUUUUAUUUAACAAUGUCAUACUCAACAAGUUAAUAUAACUGCAUAAAUGUGCACUUAAAACGAAUUGUGUGGCCAAAUGCCAUUAAAAUUAGAAAAUAAAAUAUUUCACAAUGUGUACUGUAACAAAAUCAAUUUACAUUGAUAUUGAUAUUGACUUUCUUUUGUUUAUUCUUAUUAUGAGCCCAUGGACACCGUUAGCAACCACACCAAUCAACACUGCCCCACUUUCAGACAUCUGGUUCCAGACAACAUUACUGCUACUUUAAAAAUAUUUAUAUAUAAUUAUCUUAAAUAAUCAAUCUAAUCAAUCCACUCUGUUGGCUGCUGUUUGCUUUUGAAACAUUUAAUAAUGGAGAACAUUUGAAACAAAUAGUGGAACUACCCUUUAAGACAAUCAGCAGUAGAUAUGAAAAUGAAGCUCUUAUACUGUAUUUUAAGCUGAAACAGUGUUAUAAUGUUUUUUGUCUGUAAAUAUUCUUUCAGCACCUUUAAGGCCAGUAUUAAUAACAUAUUUUUUUUGUCAGCUGAGCGCUUCAGUGUUAAAGGAAAUCUCUGAAGUAGACUGUGGUGCAGGCCUGAGUCAAGUCACAAAUCAGUCAACAUGCAACUAUAGUGUAACUUCAGUCUCUGUUUGAAUCUAUUUUUGUUUAUAUUGUUAUAUUGUUGUGUAAAUGUAUGUGUAUUUUAAAUUUAAUAAACAGCAUUUAUACAAUA